CCGCGUCAACAAUUUAUUUGGUCCUGAGUCUGUAUUGCUUCAUCAGUGUGUGAACGAACAGAAUCUGUCCAAAAAGCUUUACCAACAUUCCUUUAUUUGCUGUUAAAUAUAUCACAUACAACUCAAGACACCAUGGCCACAUCACAGCCUCGUCAGAACUACCAUAGCCAAACCGAAGCUGGCAUAAACAAGCAGAUCAAUCUGGAAUUGUACGCCAGCUAUGUUUACCAAAGCAUGGCUUGGUACUUUGAUCGUGACGACGUCGCACUCCCCGGGUUCUUCAAGUUCUUUUCGGAAAGCAGCGUUGAGGAGAGGGAACAUGCCGAGAAGUUCAUGAAGUACCAGAACCAACGCGGCGGAAGGAUCGUUCUGCAGAACAUCCAGAAGCCUGACAAGGACGAGUGGGGCAGCGGCCUGGAGGCGAUGCAGGGUGCGCUGCAGCUGGAGAAGAAUGUCAACCAAGCUCUGCUGGAUCUGCACAGCGUCGGCACUGCACAGCAGGACCCGCACAUGACCAACUUCCUGGAGGACGAAUACCUCGGCGAACAAGUUGAAUCCAUCAAGAAGAUAUCCGACUACGUGAGCAUGCUGAAGCGCUGCGGACCCGGCCUCGGCGAGUACACCUUCGAUCGCGAGACCCUCAUGUAGACGUCUCGUCUCACCCCGCGACGCCGGGCCGAGUCCGCCCGUCCGCGGAGGACCCCUUGGAGGAGAGUCUUCUCCGGGACGGGAGUCAUCCGGGAGGAAGAGAGGGCUUAGGCGUUGGGAGCAGGGGGUGGGGGGAAUUCCGCGAACGGGGAUGGAGGCGAGGUAUCGGUUAUGUCAAACCCGGGCCGCGUUUUUCGUAUAUCUGCCGGGCGUAGUUUUCAGGCUUCCGGCGCGUGCUCUCCCUCCUUCUGACGGACCCCCUCUGGGUCGUCGUCGGAGUAGGGGGGGGUGGUCGAGCGUCGGACGUUAAAUCUUCUAUCUUUCUCUCUGUCGUGCGCCGUGAGGGGAUUUGCGGUGUUGCCGGUCGCCGAUCGGUUUUAACAACGGCGUUGUGCGCAUCGUCUGUCAUCGAUUGAACGGUCGCGAUCGCGGCGCCCCCUAUGAACGGCGCUUGUCGUAAAAUCGCAGCUUAGCGACGUUCUUUUUUUUAUCCGCCUCGAGUAGUGUCCUCUGUGUGUAAGUGUAGUCUCGUGUGCUGUGCUAGCCCUUUAAAAAGCUCUGGUUGACGUUCUUGACACUGCGAAUUCGCCGGGCAGUGUUUCCGUUUCGGCUCCAAUUGCGACUAUCGGAGGCUGCGCGUUUUGAUUGUUUUGCUACCUCCGGUUUUGAUAUUAAAACUUUGUUCAGCCAGAA